CCCCCCUUCUAUCGUCAGGCAGAUGAGUGGUCAUCCUGCUGCGCUUGUCUAGGAAUGUGCGCGUGCGCAGUUGAUGUUGGGUGGCAGCGUCAGGACCCGACCCGGCGGCCGGUAGACAUCCCUAAGAGAAAAAGAGAAGCAGUAGAACCGGCAAUCUGUCAGGAGAAGACUUGGGGAGUCGUGAUUCUAUAGAAGGAUAUUCUGCUUCUUGUUUUGUUUAUACGCUGUCUUUUAGCAAGCUUAAUAAGUGCUGCUUUGGCUGAGUGUCAUCUUCCAUCAGGUUUAUUAUAUUUUUUAUACAGUAGGAUUAUAACACAAAGCGGAGUUACGGGCAUUAGCAGCAGACAGGCGGUAGGACGAAGCAAUGAACGUGGCGACAGUAGAUCGGGUUGAGUUAUGUGAGAGUCUUCUUACUUGGAUUCAGACUUUUAAUGUUGAUUCACCUUGUCAGACUGUGGAAGACUUAACAAACGGAGUUGUGAUGGCUCAAGUCCUUCAGAAAAUUGAUCCUUCAUUUUUUGAUGAAAACUGGAUGUCCAAAGUCAAAACAGAAGUGGGAGACAAUUGGCGCCUAAAGGUCAGCAAUUUAAAGAAGGUUAUCAAAGGAAUCUUGGAUUAUAACCACCAGGUUUUAGGUCAACAAAUAAAUGAUUUUGCCAUCCCUGAUGUGAACUUGAUAGGGGAAAUCUCUGAUGCUGCUGAACUUGGAAGAAUGCUUCAACUAAUUUUGAGUUGUGCAGUGAACUGCGAACAGAAACAUGAAUACAUCCAGACAAUCAUGGGAAUGGAAGAGUCAGUGCAGCAUGUUGUUAUGACAGCUAUUCAAGAGUUAAUGAGUAAAGAGACCCCCGUGACUGUUGGGAAUGACACAUACGCUGAUCUUGAGAGGCAGUUGAAGAAGACUACUGAGGAACUACAUGAAGCUCUGGCAGCAAAAGAAGAAAUUUCGCAGAGGUGCCAUGAACUUGACAUGCAGGUUGCAGCACUGCAGGAAGAGAAAAGCAGCUUGUUAGUGGAAAACCAGCUUCUCAUUGAACGUAUGAACCAGUCAGAUUCAAUAGAGGACCCAAACAGCCCAGCAGGACGGAGACAUCUUCAGUUACAGACUCAGUUAGAACAGCUACAGGAGGAAACUUUCAGGUUAGAAGCAGCCAAAGAUGAUUACAGGAUACGUUGUGAAGAGCUGGAGAAAGAACUAGCAGAAGUAAAACAACAAAAUGAAGAUUUGACGUCAUUAGCAGAUGAAGCCCAGUCUUUGAAGGAUGAAAUGGAUAUCCUACGGCAUUCAUCAGAUAAAGUAUCUAAACUAGAGUCUCAAGUGGAUUCUUAUAAGAAGAAGUUGGAAGAUCUUGGUGACCUUCGCCGCCAGGUGAAGCUUCUUGAAGAGAAGAAUACUAUGUACAUGCAGAACACAGUUGGGCUAGAGGAAGAGCUAAGAAAAGCGAAUGCAGGCCGGGCUCAACUAGAAGCAUAUAAAAGACAGAUAGUUGAACUGCAGAACAGAUUAGCAGAAGAAUCAAAAAAGGCUGAUAAAAUGGAAUUUGAAUACAAAAGAUUGAAAGAAAAAGUAGAUUCCCUUCAAAAGGAGAAUGAUAGACUGCGAUCAGAAAGGGACUCUUUAAAAGAAACAAUUGAAGAGCUGAGGUGUGUACAGGCACAAGAAGGACAGCUUACAGCAGGACCUUUGCCAUUAGGGAGUCAAGGUAGUAGUGAUAGCCUUGCUGCGGAAAUUAUCACGCCCGAGUUUAAGGAAAAACUAAUCCGACUUCAGCAUGAGAACAAAAUGUUGAAGAUCAAUCAGGAAAGGUCUGACAAUGAAAAAGUGUUAAUGCUACAGAGAUCGCUAGAUGAUGCAGACCUGAAAAAGAAUGAACUAGAAACAGAAAACAGAUUAUUGAAUCGGAGAGUACUAGAACUCCAGUCCCAGGUUGAAGAAUUGCAGAAGUCGUUGCAAGACCAAGGCUCAAGGGCAGAAGAUUCAAUGCUGUUGAAGAAAAAAUUAGAAGAGCAUCUGGAGAAACUGCAUGAAGCCAAGACAGAAUUGCAGAAGAAACGAGCAAUCAUAGAGGAUUUGGAAUCCAGAUAUAACAAUAGCUCACAGAGAAUUGAAGAAUUACAAGAGGCAUUACGGAAAAAAGACGAAGAAAUGAAGCAGAUGGAAGACCUAUACAAGAAGUACUUGGAAAAAGCCAAGAGUGUUAUUCGUACACUAGAUCCCAAACAGAAUCAGGGAGCAGGUCCUGAGGUUCAGGCUUUGAAGAACCAACUGCAAGAGCGAGAACGAAUGUUCCACUCCUUAGAGAAAGAGUAUGAGAAGACAAAAACACAGCGAGAUCAAGAGGAGAGGUUAAUAGUUAGUGCCUGGUAUAACAUGGGAAUGUCACUGCACAAGAAAGCAGCAGAAGAUAGACUUGCCAGUACGGGCUCUGGACAGUCAUUUCUUGCCAAACAAAGACAAGGGGCAACUAACAGAAGAGCAUACCCUGGGCACGUGCAGCCAGCUACAGCCAGGUAGAGGAGUCAUGCCUCUGCUUAAGGACAUUUCAGAGUCUACAAAUCCUUCACUUGCACACUGCAACACAUCACGAAACCCAGACCCCCAUCUUCAUAAACCUAAGUUCUGUGUUAUAUACUGUUCUGUUUUUUAAGUAUCUUUUAUUUGGACAUUAUUGCUUUUGCUGUGCAUUCAUUUCAGGUUUUAAUUUACAGUGAAAAGAAAACAGAAUGAUUACAUUUGUUUUAGCAGCUUGAAAAGAAAAGCAAUAAUACAAAAAGCAGGUUUGUGCUCUUUAUUUUGAGAUCCCACCCCUUUAUAUUGAAAGAAGCUGUCCUUCCUUUUGUCGGUUUAGGCAUGGUUUGCAAUUAUCGUAAAACUGUGUGACAACACAUAUGGAAGAUCCACAAGCAAUGUCUCUUUACUGUUUAUUUCUUUUGUUGUGGCAUGGGUUAUAUUAAAGUAGCACCACUGCGUCCAAACACCUACCAUUACAGAUAUUUCACUGCUGGCAUUUAUGGCGUUUCACAGAAAGAAGUAAUUAAAUACUUUUUGCAUUACAGAGGUAAUACUAAGGCAUCAUCCAACUGCAAAGCAGUUGCACAGUUUUUGUACCUGAGAAGAAGUAUCAGUAUUUCUUGAGUUUUGCUUUCACUACCAUUUGCAUGUAUGUCAGUUUUAUAGUAUUGCCUUAUUGCACAAAAAAAAAUGUGUAGGGUUGAUGGAUAUGGAGAUGGAAAACUAUGUGAACUUGAGUGAAGUUAUUGCUGCACACGGCUACCGGUGUGGUUACAGCAUGUAACAUUGACUUGUUCAAAUUUCCAGAAUGUACUACCCCCUUUCAUGCAUUUUGUAUACUGUUAGUGAAGUUAUAUACAUACUUGAUUGCACAGGCACAUAGAAAGUAUUUCAAUUUGUGCAUAUAUCACAAAGUAAUUUAUGUACCACAGCUUUGUCAUUUUGUCAUUUAUAACAUGGUAAGGUUCUUUUUUUUUAGUUAAAUUAAAUGUUUCCUAAAUAUAGUUAUCCCCUUGUAAAUGAAGUGAUUUUUUGUACAGUAAUAAAAAAACGAGAACCAGUGAAUUAUACUGGUUAAUGAACAUUUCUGGCAUGCCCAAUCUGAAAAUUCAGAUUGGCUAAUUUUGAGUGUUCCAGAAGGUUUAAAGUACAAAAUAUUCUGAUUUGGAUAAUUUUGAGUAUCCCAUAGGGGAUGAAGUACAACAGUUUGCUGUUCACAAAAACAGAUCUCUGUUAAAUGCUGUUACAGGUUGUACUCCUGUGUUGAUGAUAAGCUUAUGUGCAAAAUGAGUCUUAGCACCCAGCUUAUAAUUUACAUAGUGCACUUAAAUAAUGCAAGAGUUACUCAGAGUGGUAGCUUUAUUUGUAACUGUCAGCAUUACUGCUGUGAAUGCAGUGUAAGCACAUGUUGAGACACUGAUUCAAGAGUCUUAAAAUUAAAACUCAUUUUCAUGAGGGAAA